AUGUCGGCUAGCAGCGGGAAGCCGCCUGUACCACCCUCCGGUGGAGUGUCCACUCCUCCGAAUCGAAACGGUGGUGGAACGUACGUGGACCUAAUCGACCCGUUCGUCAAGCGUUCGAGUAUCAAACGAAAGCAGAAGAAGUUGCAGGGCUCUUCACAUUACAAGAACGAUCUGGACGCCGAGCUGGAGCCUCUGCCGUCGUUCAAAGAUGUACAGUCGGAAAAGGUGCUCGAGUUGUUCAUCCAAAAGAUUCAGUUGUGUCAGCACGUGUUCGAUUUCAUGGAUCCCGUGUCGCAAGUGAAGAGCAAGGAGGUGAAGCGUAACACGCUGACCGAGCUGAUCGACUUCAUAUCUACCAAUAAAGGGGUGAUCGUCGAGCAGGUGUAUUCCGAAGUUGUCAACAUGGCUCUAGAAAGAAACUGUUACACCCGUGCAGCUAAAACGAACUAUUUUGAACCCGCUCAGGGUGUCUGA